UAUAUAUUUUGUCAUUGCAUUAGAUAACUAACGAUUGAUCACAUUUUCUUAUCUAUAACAUUGAAUUUUAUUUGGUGUCAAGGAGAUUUUAAGUGGGUGUAUAAAGUAAUUAAUUCUCAGAGUAACAUGUUCCAUUUACAUUGGACAACCACAAAGUGUCACAAUAUUUUUUGUAUUAAUUUUAUGUGUAUUGAUAUUUAAUUUAAAACUUUACAAACUUAUUUUUGGGAAUUAAAACCUUUUUUAUUAUUAUUAAUUUGUUAUAUAAUUUUUUCAUGUUACACUUCAUAAAAAUAUUUAACACCCUUUGUGGGGCACUGUAUAUGUGCAAUGUGCAGAUUAUUUCCAAAUAUUUUGUUGUUGUUUUACUGUACACUUGCAUCCUUUCAAAUGGGUCUUGAAUGUUCUGUCUACUUUUAUUUUGGUUAGCAUUUGUAUAUUUUAUUGAAUGUUGCAACAUUCUGCAAUAAUAAAAUAUUUUUUAAUAUACAAUAGGUAAUGGAAACCAAAGUUUAUUCUUUUGCAAGAUCUAAUGACAUAUAAUUUAUAUCAGUUUAAAGGGGCUCUAUGUAGGAAUGACACCCAGUGGUCAAAAUAGGUACUGCAGUCCAAAUUCAAAAUAUUGUUUGCCCCGCCCCCACUUUCAAAGACACGGGUGGGCAGCUUGAGGAUACGCAACAAGAGGGAGCACAAUUGACAAUGAAAGCUGAGGAGACUUACACACUGCAUGUUACAGGAACUACUAGACUGAUGCAAUGAAAAGGGAAAUUAUGAUGCCAGUCAGUAUGUUGGCACUAUUCUGUUCAUUCAGCAGGUUUACCUCCAUCUUUAAUCAGCAGCAGGCAUUACAGCUGAGAACUAAACAGGAGAUUCUGCUCUAAGAAAGUUGGAUUUCACAAAAGGAUGGAUAUCUGGACAGCAGAGAAAAUUCUUCUUCUCAGUUUUCUGAUGAAAGGUGUUUUGUGUAGAGAUUUCAGCAUCAGUCUGCCAGACAAGAUUGAAGCUCUCAGUGGAUCCUGUGUGAUCAUAAAGUGCACAUUUGAGAUUAAGGACGAAUAUGACAAAGAACUCACUGAGAAUGCUACAGGAUGUUGGCAUAAAGAUGGGACUGAGAAAAUAGUUUUCAACUCCUCCAUGUCCAGCCAAAACUCCAUUAUAAAGGGAAAUAUAACUGGAAGAUUACAUGAGAAGGACUGUACCACCAUCUUUUAUGAUGUCAGAUCAAAUUACAGUGGUACUUAUCACUUUAGGCUUGAGGGUGAAGGUGGUUUGAAAUGGACUUACAGUGAACCACAUGUUCAGAUAGAAGUAAUUGAGUCUCCCCCCAAACCCACAGUGAAGCUGUAUGAGGAGCAGAAGGAGGUUCAGGAUCAGGAGGAGGUGUUGGAGAGGAGCUCUGUGAGUCUGCGCUGCUCUGCUGAGACUCUCUGCUCCUCUCCUCCACCAACUCUCACAUGGAGCUCCACUCCCAGAAUCCCCCUCAGUGAGAGCAGCAGACAACAGGAGCUCAUCUCUGAUCUGAACUUCACUGCUACUCACCGUCACCACAGAGUCACUUUCACCUGCACUAUAACCUACCAGCUACUGGACAAGAACAAAACAGCACAGGACAACAUCACAUUACAUGUUCAGUAUGCCCCUAAAAUCUCUCCCUCCUCCAGCUGUAACAGAACUGAUGUAAUUGUGUGUUUCUGUGAGGUUGAUGGGAAUCCCUCUCCUGAACUGGAGUGGCAUCUGUCUGGACCUCCUGUCUCUAACUCUUCAGACACGUUCAUCAGUGAAGAGCGAUUGGGCAGCACAGGCUUGAGGAGCUCCAUCACUCUACAUCAGUCACUCGCACACACAUCUCUGCAGUGUGUCGGCAACAACACUCGUGGCACUGCAAGUCAACUGUUUCAGCUUAAUCUCUUCCCUCCAGGAGGAGGUCAUCACCUUCUUUCCAUCUUGAUUGGAGCUGCUGUUGGGGUUUUCCUGAUGAUGAAGUUGUGUGUCAUUAUAUAUUGUGCACGAAGAGAAAACAGCAGAUCCUCACAGACAAAACAAGAAGAUACUACUGGAAUCAUUAUGACUGAUAAGGAUAUUCAACAAGAUUGUGAGAGUGAGUCUGUUUAUGCCAAUAAUGUCAUACUGUCACCUGCUGAAGCUGCCACACUGAAUCGUCAAGAAUCCCUCCAUUAUGCCUCCAUUGACUUCAAAAACCUCAAACCAGAGUCCGAAGAAAUCAGGGGUAUCUCCUCGCUGACCACUGACUACGCUGUUAUCAGUUAUUCUGGUAAAGUGAGGGAGACAAAAAGCUCUGUGGGAGGUGGAUGUUCAUCACAGAAUAAAAGGAUGGAUAUCCAGAGAGCAGAGAAAAUAAUUCUACUUAUUUUUCUGUUGAAAGGUGUUUGCUGUAGAGAUUUCAGCAUCAGUCUGCCAGAGAAGAUUGAAGCUCUCAGUGGAUCCUGUGUGAUUAUAAAGUGCACAUUUGAGAUUAAGGAUGAAUAUGACAAAAAGCUCAAUGAGAGUGAUGCUACAGGAUUGUGGUUCAAAGAUGGAGAUAAUGUGAAUAACCUUCUAGUGUUUAACUCCAGAGAUCCCAAACCUAAUCACUAUAAAGGGGAAAUAACUGGAAAACUACAUGAGAAGAACUGCACCACUAUCUUUUAUAAUGUUAGUUCAAAUCAUAAUGGUAAAUAUUCCUUCAGGAUUGAGAGUCGUGAUCUGAAAUACACCUACACUGAAAAAAACGGAAACAUCUCCACUAUAAAUGUAAUUGAGUCUCCCUCCAAACCCACAGUGAAGCUGUAUGAGGAGCAGAAGGAGGUUCAGGAUCAGGAGGAGGUGUUGGAGGGAAGCUCUGUGAGUCUGCGCUGCUCUGCUGAGACUCUCUGCUCCUCUCCUCCACCAACUCUCACAUGGAGCUCCACUCCCAGAAUCCCCCUCAGUGAGAGCAGCAGACAACAGGAGCUCAUCUCUGAUCUGAACUUCACUGCUACUCACCGUCACCACAGAGUCACUUUCACCUGCACUAUAACCUACCAGCUACUGGACAAGAACAAAACAGCACAGGACAGCAUCACAUUACAUGUUCAGUAUGCUCCUCAAAUCUCCACUUCCUCCAGCUGUGUCAGUGGGGAUGUAACUGAGUGUUUCUGUGAGGUUGAUGGGAAUCCCUCUCCUGAACUGGAGUGGCAUCUGUCUGGACGUCCUGUCACUAACUCUUCAGACACGUUCAUCAGUGAAGAGCGAUUGGGCAGCACAGGCUUGAGGAGCUCCAUCACUAUACAUCAGUCACUCACACACACAUCUCUGCAGUGUGUCGGCAGAAACACUCGUGGCACUGCAAGUCAACUGUUUCAACUGAAUCUCUCGCCUUUGCAGUUUACAGAAUAUCAACAGGUUACAGUUUCCCUCCUGAUCAUAUUAAUGCUGAUUCUGGUUUUGUACGCUCUGACUGUUGGACUUGGGAUCUACAAAAUUAGACAAUUGUCCACCAAGCUGAAGGCUCAGAAUGAGGCAGCAGACACAUAUGCUUCUCUUCAGCUCUCUGCUCCACCCUCUGAAUAUGAAACUUUGAACAUUAAGAGAGAUGACACACUAUAAACAACAAAUACACAUUUUAUCUUCUUCGUUUUCUUCAGUCAGGUGUUCUUUCAGGAUUUAAAGACUAAUUAAAAAAACUAAUUUCACAUGAAUCCUGUGUCUGAUACAUUACAAAAGCAUGAAGAUCAAGCCUCACUGGCAUCAAAUAUGCAUUCUUUGUCAUAUUUUACUGAAUUCUGUAUUUUAGAUGCUUCUGUCACCAUACACCAGACUGUCGAUCAUCCUGUAACAGUUGACAUCCUCAUAUAUAUAUCUUUUUAUUUGUGUUUAUAGUUCUGAACCAAAUCCUCAUCCAAAGUGUACUGUUAAUGGGCAAUACUGUGCAUGUCAGGAUCCACACAGUAGACCAUCUGGGUACAUUUGGUAUACUAUGAUUUGGGACACACUUAUUCUAAUCUCACAUAAUAUUUAAGAAUGCGAAAGAUUACAAAAAUGUAUAUGUGCAUGUAUUCUAAUUUUAUUUUUUUAUUUUUCCUAAUAUCUCAUUUGUGUCUUUUUGUGGACUAUUAUGGACAUUAAAAAAUUCUUUGUCUUCUACAAUCAGCUGUACUUCAGUAAAAAUCUGGUCAUUGUUUGUUCAUGUUAGUUUACAGAACAUUAACAAAUGUUAACAAAUACAACUUUGGACUAAAAAUGCAUCAGUAAAUGUUGAAAUUACCAUUGAUUAAUAAAUUCUGAAGAAGUAGUGUUUAUUGUUAGUUCAUAUUCACUAAUAUAGUUAACUUAUGUUAACAAAUUAACAAAUGAAACCUUAUUGUAAAGUGUUACCCAAGUUUUUAUUUCAAGUAAGUCUGUUAUUUGUGUUUUUUUGUUUGUUUCCACCACUGCUUUAUUUGGAAAACAUUGCAAGAAGAUCUCCAGUCCUGUCAUGAUGCCACAGUAUAUGCUCAUGUAAAAAUAUAAAAGCUAUUUAAAGUGCUUCACAGUGUUUAUCUGGGAAUCUUCUGGGAAUUCAGUAAUGACUUACUUCUGCAUAUUAAGUUUUUCUGCACAAAUAUAUGAUUACACUGUAUCCAAAGCUUUUGGUUUAAAAUAAAAGUUAAGCUCUUAAAUGAA